AUGUACUCUCCCUCCGAAUCGACCUCCACAACAUUGUCAUGCUCUCACAACGCACCUAUUGCUUCUAGUAGUAAUAAUACUGAAAGAUUUCAAAUCAAUGUUUGCAGUUUCAAUAUUCGUUAUGAUAGUUUGCUCGAUUUUGGCAAUAAAUCAUGGAGAGUGAGAAAGGCUCUUGUUUCAAAAUUCAUUCAAGACUUGAGUCAUCAUCAUCCGAAUCAUCAAAUUGUUCCAAAUCAAGGGGAAGAAGGAAAUUCAUCAUCCUCUCCUCAUGAUCAGGAUCGUGAAGAAACAAAGAAACCACUUCUCGUGUACACUUUGCUGGGAUUACAAGAAGUUUUGGAAAAUCAAUUGCAAGAUAUCAAGAACUACUUGGCGUCUUCUUCCGAAAGCAGCAGUAACACCACUAGCACCACCUCUUCUGCUUCCAUUCUUCCUUCUCAAAAGCAAACUUUUGGAGGCUUUUCCAUCUUCUCCACAGGUCGGGAAGCAAAGAAUGGUGGAGAACAUUGUACUGUCAUGGUUCAUCUUCAUCAUACUGAUCCGAUGAUGAAUCAUCCCAAUAGUGAUCCAGUAGCAACCUAUCCAACAACAACAACACCAAACUAUUCGAGUGGUACUUUUUGGUUGAGUGAAACUCCUGAAAAACCAUCCAGGUAUUGGGAUGCUGCUUGUUACAGAAUUGCAACCUGGGUAAAGGUCCCAAUUCCUAUCAAAAGGAAUGAUCAAGAGGAGGGAAAAGCAACAGGAGGAUCGACAACGUAUCAUUUGCUCUAUAUAAACACCCAUUGGGAUCACUUUAGUUCAAGAGCUUGCAUGCAUAGUGCAAAAUUAAUCAAGAACUUUGUGAAGGAGCAAGUAUUGACGAACAACAACUCGGAUGAGAAUUUAAUUGGAGUCGUUGUGAGUGGAGAUUUCAAUUGUACUGUGGAGGAUAAGGCCUUUCAAGAAUUGUUACAACCUUUAGAAAUUGAAGGUAGUGAACGCUAUGGAAAAUUUUCAUUACAAUUUCGAAAUUCGUACGAAUAUUGUAAGGAGCACAAGUUGCCCGUAUUGGGAAAGGAAACAACCUUCAAUAAUUGGAGUUUGAACUCGUCUAAGGUGACGCGUAUUGAUCAUAUUCUCUUUGCAGAAAUUCCAUGCCCACCAACACAAGGUUGUAGCACCUCAACAACUACUACUUCUCCUCACAUUUCAUUCACACCUACGAAAUACGAAUGUUGUCAAGGAACAGCUGAGUUGGUGAUGCAGGGUUCCAACAAGAAGGAAAUUAUUGUCAUUAGUGACCACUAUCCAAUACUUGUCAACUUUACACUUGAAAUUGAAACACCAAGAGUGAUUACGCAAUAG